GCGAGGCUCCCGUGUCCACCCUGGCUUCUCCCUGUCCCCCCAAGGACCCUGGCCGGAGCCGGAGAGCGGAGUGGAUCCGCCGUUCGGAACGCGAUGUUUCGGCCUAGGCUCCUUGCUGUCUUACUGCAGUGGGAUUUUAUCCAGCUGCUGGUGGCCCGGGACACGACAUUCCAAAUCCCCCCUUGGAGUUUCACCUGGUCAUGCGUGGCCCCAGAUCAAACCUCGGAAUUCCCCGUGGCCGUGGAGGGGUCGUGGAGCGGUCGGCGGCUGACCGGGGACCAAGGGGCCAUGGAGGCGAGGUCUAAUUGGAGCGAUGCCUCACUGCUCCUGCUGGAGUCCAAGGAGAGCCUCCGCUGCUGCCUCUGGAGCAGUCAACAGAAAAAUCGUUCCUUGCCCGGAGACGGCCUAGAAGAGAAGUCUUGCAUUUCUUCACCAGUACCCACCUCUGCCCUUCAGCCAACUGUUGCAAGUUGGAACAUCCUCUGUUGGACGAAAGGAGACUUAAAGACUUUCAUUUGCCAUCUAACGACAUUUUCUAAGAUAUCUUUCAAGAGUUAUGACUUCAGGCUUCGCCUUUUAUACGUCAUGUCAGAAUUGCCCCCGGAAGACUCAUCAAUGAUGCCCCAGAAAGACAGUUUUAAGGUCAUUCCGUGCAACUGCCGAGUUCCCGAGGGCUGUGAAUGUGAAAUCCCCCUGCCUGCCACGAAGCUCAACUGCACUCACAUCCUGUACUUGGAAAUCCUAAAUGAAGUGACAUCUCUUCAGUCUCCUAUCAUGGCAACUCAACCCAUCAACGUAGUGAAACCCGAUCCGCCGAUCCGUUUGCAAAUGGAGAUGGUGGAAUAUCGCCAACUGAAGGUCUCCUGGUUGAGCCCACCCCUGUCACCCUACCCGCUCCGGUACCAGGUGAAGUACUCGGUGAACACCACCAAGACGGCAAAGCAGCAGGUUGCUGAGGUGGUGUCGGCCACCUCCCUGUUGGUGGACGACGUUCUGCCUGGUUCUUCAUACGCAGUUCAGGUCCGGGCCAAGAGACUUCAAGGUCCAGGUCUCUGGAGCGACUGGAGUCCUUCCCACGCCCUCAACAUACAAGAAGUCAUGUACUUCCCCCCUAAAAUUCUGGCAAGUGUUGGCUCCAACGUUUCCUUUCGCUGCGUUUAUAACAACCAAAACGAGAGCAUCUCUUCAAAGAAGAUUGUCUGGUGGUUGAAUUUAGCCGAGAAAAUCCCCCCGAGCCAGUAUCAGAUCAGGAACGACCAUGUGAGUGAAGUAACCCUCCUCCACCUGAACGCCACGAAGCCCAGAGAAAAGUUCAUGUACCACGCGGUGUACUGCUGCCAUGACAACGAGUGUCAUCACCGCUACGCUGAACUGUACACAGUAGAUGUCAACAUCAAUAUCUCAUGUGAAACCGAUGGCUACCUAACAAAAAUGACCUGCAGAUGGCCUGUGGACCCAAAGACAUUGCUUACCGGAAGUACUUUGCAGUUACGAUACUAUAGGAGCAGUCUCUACUGUGCUGACUUUCCCAGCGCUCACCACGCCACAGAUGCAAAGGAUUGCCGUUUUCAGGACGAAGGUUUUUACGAGUGCACAUUUCAGCCCAUCUACCUCUUGUCGGGAUACACCAUGUGGAUAACGAUUAGUCACCCAUUAGGGACCCUGGAAUCUCCGCAAAAGUGCGUGGUCCCCGACUCUCUGGUAAAACCACUGCCUCCCUCCAGUAUUAAAGCAGAAAUCACCGUGUACACCGGCCUGCUGAAUGUAAGCUGGGAGAGACCGACCUUUCCUGAGAACCAUCUGCAGUUUCAGAUCCGCUAUGCCGUGCGGGGAAAAGACGGGCAGUGGAAGACGUAUUUGCACAGCCCUAAGGCCAAGUCCGAAUCUGCCAGCAUAGAGGUGCUGGACCUCUGCGUGGUGUACGUCGUUCAGGUUCGCUGCAAGAGGUUGGACGGGCUGGGAUACUGGAGCGAAUGGAGCAAUCCAGCCUCCACGCUCAUCAGGGACGUUAAAGCUCCUGUAAGAGGACCUGAAUUUUGGAGAGUCAUUAAAGAAGACUCCGGGAAGAAAGCGAGAAAUAUCACGUUAUUCUGGAAGCCGCUGACCAGGAACCAGUCUCUGUGUAGCGUGAGAAGCUAUUGGGUGGAGCAUCACACCUCCAACCAGGUGACCUGGACCCACGAUGCAGGAAACAGCACCGAAUCCACCUUCCCCUGGACGGGGCAGGAUCACACCGUGUCCGUCGUCGCCACCAACUCCGUCGGUUCUUCCUCGGCCAAUUUCAACUUGACGUUCUCACGGCCCAUCAGCGAGGUGGACAUCGUGCAGUCCCUUGGGGCUUACCCUUUAAACAGCAGUUGUGUGAUUCUUUCCUGGGUGCUCUCCUCUCACGGGUACAACCUGAAGUCCUUUGUGAUCGAAUGGAAAAAUCUUAAUGAAGAUAAUGAAAUGAAGUGGCUUAGAGUGCCCACCAAUGUUAACAAAUAUUACAUUCAUGACCACUUCAUUUUCAUUGAGAAGUACCAGUUCACUCUUUACCCAGUGUUUCUGGAAGGAGUUGGGAAACCCAAAAUGACCAACCAGUUCAUCAGAGAUGAGAAUGAAAAGCGUCAGAGUGAUGCUGGGUUGUAUGUGAUUGUGCCGAUAAUAAUUUCCUCUUCAGUCUUACUGUUUGGGACAUUGCUGAUAUCACACCAGAGAAUGAAGAAGGUGUUUUGGGAAGAUGUUCCGAACCCCAAGAACUGUUCCUGGGCCCAAGGGGUGAACUUCCAGAAGAGAGUGGACAUUCUUUGAAGUCUAUGCAUGAUCUCUACCCGCUGAGCCAUGUACCGGCUUCCUUUACAGAGUUGUUAGAAGAUUUUUGUGCUGGCGUUCAGAAGGAGGGCAACACACACACACACAUACACACAAACACAGACAUGCCCCCUUCCGCACCCCCAUAUGCUUAUCUGUGCUGCGCCACACGGUUCCAAAUCCACCCCAGAAGAAGUCUUGUUCCCAACUAAGGAAAGACCCACAAAACCCAGGUCAGUUGCCUCCCUUGCAGUC